AUGAUCUACUACAUUCAUCUAUUCGCUAUUACUGCGUACCUCUUCCUCCCUGCAAGCGCCCAGGAUAACAGUUCAGGCAGCCCUGCCGGCCCCAUCGGUGAUAUAGUAUGUGCGACAGCAGUACAAGAAGUGGCCAACAUGCCAUAUCCUGGAGACUGCUCAAAAUGGAUCAAAUGCGACACUGAGUAUGCCGGCACCGCUACGGUUUAUACUUGCGAUGAAGGGUUAUGGUUUAGCUUCGAUGUCCAGACAUGUGUUUGGCCGGACCAAUCAGGCUGUGUAGAUGGGAUGGGUAUAAGGUGUUCUUCUCCUUCACUAUUGUUAUAUGGUAUUCAAGGAAUUUGGUUGUUCUCCACUAUUGAUAGUGUGGCCCAAGCACUGUCCGCAAGCAAGGAUAGCAACUCAGAUGAGCAUAAGUCUAAUACUCAACCAUAUACUGAAUAUUAUUCUCCUACUCUUACUACAUUGUUACUUUAUUACUCUAGUCAUUCUUAUAAUUCUUCUUAUCACUUGAUGUCUUUAUUAAGAAUAGACUAUCCCUGUAAAAUCACAGGUAGCCUGUCUACUACUGUUCUAAACUCAGUUAAAGUUCUUAUAUCACUUACAUUUUAUACAUCCCACACCUCAAUUUCCAAAUUUGUCUCCAAUAUUUCUAAGAGGCAUGAUAAGAUGUUAUUAUCCCUUUAA